AUGCCGCCCCAAGACGAGAAGACGACGUUCGGCGUCACCAUCACCCGGCCGCUGACGCCCGACUCGCCGCCAGCCGCGACCAAUGUGCCCGCGACCGCGCUCAGGAGCCAGCCGUCGACCGACAGCCAUCUCUCCGCCGCCGCCGCCGUGGCCUCGCCCACCUACCGCACCAAUGACCCGUUCAGCCCCUUCUACCAGCACCCGGAGAGCCGCUCGCAUCUCGAGGUCGAUCGCAGCAAGCCCGAUCUCGAGUCUGGCCUGCUCAGCGUCGGCAACCCCAACGGCGUGCCGCUGUCGGCGGCCACGACGCAGACGCAGCCCAAGGUCAGCAUUGACGGCCGCGUCAAGGAAUGCACAGUCUGGCCCACCAAGCAGACGCUGCAGGACAAGGCCCGCGCCGCCAAGACGCAGCGCCGCACCUGCCAGUGCUGGGGCCGCCUGUCCAAGAAGCAGAAGAUCAUGCUCGAGGUGCUGAUCGGCUUGACCGUUGUCGCGCUGGCCGUCGGCCUGAGCGUGGGCAUCUCGCGCGCCGUCGGCGGAGGCGUGUGGGCCGGCACCGGCCAGAGCACCACCAUUCCUAAGGACGGUUCCUGA